AUGCAGACGAAUGUUUUCCUUCUCUUUCUCAGUUUGGUGGCAGUUUCGCUCUUCCUUCACAUGAGGUACGUGCAUGUCUAAUGUGCCUUCACGAAAAUUGUCCCAGCUAUAAUGACAUCAACAUGUUUCCUUUGUGAUUUUACGGAAUAUCUAACAGGCAAACAGACUUGGUUUUUUUAUUUUUGAUGUCAGUGUUCAUAGAAAUAGUCCUUCUGACAGAGAAAUGUCAACUGUUAAUGUUAUAUCGACUAAAAACCGUACCUUAUAAGCGUAAUUUGAAAACCUCCUCAGUCGAUCCAUCUGCAGGAUGUUCUGUCAAACAAGCUCCAUGAGCAGCAUAAACUGACAUUCUUGCUCCGAGCACUUCCUCAAAAAUACGUACCCUCGACAGGCAGCUGUUUUCAAAUUAAAAACUACGUAUUAUGUUAAUCGAUGGAAUGCUCGGUCAGUACUUAAAUUCUUUCUCGAAAAACGACCAACUCAAGAGCACCAUAGAGUAUUUCUUAAAUUGUCCUCAGACGCACCCGGCUAUUCCUGGGAAAAUGACGGUUUAAUAAAGGCGAACGAAUUUGAAACAACGCCUUUUUAUGUUAUAAUUAAUGAAUUAGUGAUAACGAUUGCUUGAAAAGAGUGUUACAGCAGCAACGUUAUCUUGCAGUAGGGGAAACAAAUUGUGUACUUGGAGCCAACGGCUAAUUCCGAAGGAUGCCACUGGAGACAUUACGUUGGAGGUACCGAUAGUGGACAGUUAUAAGGUGAGUGAGCUAUUUUUGUACUAUAAUUUGCCACGAGAUAUGUGUGAUAGUUCAAACUGCGUGUCAUACUUUGCACAACUGUUUUAAUAACGAUUCCAUAAAAUUUGCCUGCAUAUCUUAAAGGAAGGAUAUAUCGGAAAUGAAAAAUUCUGGACAUAUAUUUGGGCAAAAGGAUGGUGUUCGUACAGUAAAGGCUACUUCCGCUGUCCCUAUACUCAACGUACGAUUUCUUUGCAUUUCUAAAUCCUAUAAACUUCUUCACUUUUUUGAAAUUCCCUUUAUUUUACGUCUUAAUGUUUAUUUAUUCGCACCAAGCAAUGGACUAAGAGAGUACAAAUGUUAUCUUAUUUUAUAUCGCAUACACUUACUCCGCAAACGCCUGCAAUAAAACGGACGAUGCUUGCAUUUGCACUUCCCUUUAAGACGAUGAUUAUUAUUCGACACGCCUGACUCUACCAAACGUUGAGAAAAUCUCCUACGCCAUGCUAGAAAGCCAAUAUCCAAUUUCCAUUCACAAAGCUGAGGAUGAGAGUAUCCGUACGUUUACCUAUGCCACACCCUGUCAAAGCUUUUCUUCGCUACAAAUUCUGUAAGUUUUCUCAAUGCAGCAAACAAUCACUAACCUUGCACUUAUAACCGAAACACUCACUUUUAGCUGGCUUCUAUGUGAAAGAGGACACAAAACUGGAUAGGUGCACAGACAAAGAAAAGGUCUUCAUGCUAUUUCGUCUCAAUGGCAAUCGAUCGGACCUAAAGAAUGUGAGACAUGCUUAAAUUUAUUAUAGCCUAAAUCACAAAAUUUCAGCUUCAAAUAUUCACCUUAUUAUUAUUUUGUAUUUAAAGAUUAGUUGUUACAGGUCUGGAACACUUUUCUGCUCGGGAUUUGAAUCUGCUGGCAUGCAACCGAAGGGAGGCUGUUGUGAGUGACCUGUCCUCUGAUGACUUGUUAUCCCCAUGCACCGCAAAUAUCAAAAGUUGCCAUCAAUUUAAUAACUAACUAAACACUUGCUAUUCAUUCAUCUUCACUGGUAUGAAAAACGGGAAGAAUAACUUCCGUUAAAAGUAUUUUGAUAAAAUGUGGUGCACUAUUAGGUAGUGCAUUAUGAAAGCCUCAGAAAAUUUUCACGCAUCAUACAUGGCCAACCGAGGCCUCAGUUUUUCACUCCUUUAAAUAGCGAAGGGGCAAAUGGUUAUUUAAGGCAGAUACAUGCAAAUUCCCAUUCCUGUACUUCCUUCAAUUUGGCAUCUGUCUCACAGUGUUGAACAACUUACAGCUUGCUGCUUAAGUAUCUUCACUUGAUUCCCUAGUGUGUAGACAUCUGGGGAUUUUACUACCACAUUAGCAUAAGACAAAUUCGGUUACGACAAACUUUUGUUUAAUUCUUCACAAGUCUUCUCUGCUAAGAUGGUACGCUAAUGAAAACGCAUCAAGGCAUUUUCAUCUUCCUUGACCAUUUAGACUGCAACAUGCAUGAGGGUCGUUGGACAGUUGAACUUGGCAUCCCUUACACUGGUGCGUCAAGGGAUUUCAUCUACUGUUACGUAAACGAGGACAAGACAAGGCCAAUGACCUACAUCAUCGACUGGAGGGGUUAGUAUUCCUCACGGUUUGAUGUGAUUUCAAUGCUAUGAAAUUGUCUUUUUCGCACUCGAAAUGUAGGUAUUAACAACCACCUAGUAUGUGGAGAGUGUGUUAUUGACGGCAAAUAGUAAACACUGCAGAACUUUGGAGAAGGCCCAUUUGAUGUGAUAAACAUUGGACGGAGACCGUCCUGUAACAAUCCGCGUUGUAUAGAUAAUUGCAUUUGAAACAGCUGGAAAAUGAAAAUUAAUCAACAGGCAAGCCGCAAUAAUGAGGUAUACAUCAGAAUUUAGAAGUUUGCUGUCGGCUGUAAUCGUCAAGGACUCACCGUGUUCAAACGAAAAUGGGUCCCAAGCGUAUUUGCGCUCGUUUAAUGCCAGCUGCCGCGAUAGGUUGUGUUGGGCCAAUAUGCUUUUUUAAUGUUGCGUUUGGUUGAAAAAAAUAAUUUUCAUGCUGUAGGUUUCCUUAAAAAUACAAACAUGGUGAAAAGGGUUAACCAAUGAAGGGCCGGCAAUUUAAUGUCAGAACUGUGAGCUCUGCGUAGAGAUGUUUUGUUUUAGCAAAGUAUCUCAAAUAGAUCAAGCACACUUAAAGACUACUAAUCUUCUAGUUUUCCCAUCUUUCAACUCUCCGUUGAAGGCAGGGCGUUUAAUGGCUUACUGGUGCUUAAAAACUGCUCAGCGAGUAACCAAGUGUAUCUUGUAUUGAAUUCACCUAAAAUGGCAGUGUAAUUGAAAUUGCAGUAAUUGAACUCUACUCAAAAACAACUGAGUCAUUGACGACCGAUAUAAAAACAAACAUUUCUGACCAUAAACACGAAUAUUUUGAUUGUGUCAAUUUUAGAAAUAAUUGUUGAUCGGUAUAUAUCCUUCUAGAUGUACAAGGCGACAGAUAG